AUGGCUAAAGAUAAUUUAACUAAUUUACUUUCUCAAUUGAACAUUCAAUUGUCUCAAGACGAGCAUUCGCAGGUCGAACAUACUUGCGUUAAACUAUUGGAUUCUGGCUGUGAGAACCCAGCAGAUGUAUUUAGACGUUGCUUAGUAGCUAUUAUCCAACAGGAUAAAUAUCAAAAAGCUUUACAUUAUUUAAAGAAAUUUAAACAUAUUGAUGAGAGAUACGGUCGCAAAUUUGCGUUAGAGAAAUUGUACAUUUUUUAUAAAUUGAAUAAACCAGAUGAAUUCAACACAUUGUACAAUGAAGUUAUCACAGAUGAUCUCGAUACUGUACUGCAAAAAGACAUUGGUUCACUUAGAGGCAUCCUACACGUGAGAGCUCAAUACUGUUAUAAGAAUGGCUUGUACCAAGAAGCUUUUAAAAUAUACCAACAUUUAGCCAGUCAUAAUGAAACGGAUCAAGAUAACCAAAUCGAAUUGGCUUGUAACGAAAGGGUCCCACUAUCUGUAGCAACAGAUUUAAUGAGCAGAUCACCAUUAGUUACACCUAUAGACGAAUCUUCCUACGACUUAUUGUUUAACGAAUCAUUUAUCAUGGCAUCCAUAGGUAAAUAUGAUGAGGCCAUUGAACUAUUGGAAAAAGCCCUGCAAGAAGCCACGAAUGAAGGUUACCAAAAUGAUAUCAAUACUAUUAAAUUGCAAUUAUCCUUUGUUUUGCAAAUGGUGGGGAAAACUACCAAAAGUAAAGAAAUCUUAAAGAGCUUAUUAAAAGAAUUGAAAGCUGAUUCCCCAUUUUAUUUAAUUUGUCAAAAUAAUUUAAAUGCGUUUGUUGAUUUCUCCAAAUAUAAUACAAACUUCAAUCUACUAUUAAGGGAAUUAAACGUAGAAAGACUAAACUCUUUCAAUUUACAGACCUUCACAUGUGAACAAUGGUCAAACAUUCAACGUAAUGUGCUAUUUUUGCGUUUGUUCAACAAUGCCAAAAUCCACUCUCAAAAUUCUAUUUUAUCAAGAACAUUUGAUAAAUACUCCAAGUUAGUGGAUAAUGUUACUUUGGAAAGUUAUAAGACGCAGGCAAAGAAACUUUACCACCACACUACAAAGACUAUCUUAAGUGGAACAGAUGGCAGUGCAAUCGGCAUAUUACUGCUGACUAUCCAACUGCUAAUAAUAGAAAAGGAGUGGGAAAAUGCUAUCAGAAUAAGCGAGUUAUUUUUAAAUGAAAGUUGGAAAUCCUCCUUUGAAAAAUUCAACGAUUCACAAGCCAUCGUAUGUUACGUUUUAUUUGAAUUAUACAAGAUUAAGGGAAGAAACAAUUCAAAAAGUGUUCUACUUAAAAAAUUAGACUCCGUGAGAGCCCAAUUGGGCGGAAAAAUCCAAGAGGACAUACCAUUUUGGAAGCACGUUGGGUUUGAAUUAUUAUCCAUGGGCAAUGCCAAAGAAUCGAAGGCUUUACUCAGGGAGGUCUCAAGCUUUAGUAAAGGUAACGAAGAUGAACUCGUCGACAGAGUUGUUUUAUCUCAUUCGUUAGAUAUAGCACAAGGUAUAGAUUUGGUGAGAGAUAUUGACGUUGAUGAAUUAAUUCGACUUGGUGUGAAACCCUUAGAAUCUUCAGCAAAGAAAAAUAAAAAUGCCACAGUGAGCAAAGUUCAAAAGAAAAAAGUUUUAGAACUGAAGAAAAAAAGAAAGAUUAAACGCAUCGAGAAAUUUUUACAAGGUCGUGACGCUUCCAAAUUACCUGAUCCUGAAAGGUGGCUACCAUUAAGAGACAGAUCUACUUAUAGACCAAAGAAAAAACAACAACAGGGUGCAAAGCAAACUCAAGGUGGCGCUAUGAACAAAAAAUCAGAACAAGCCCUUGAUAUAUCAAAGAAGGGGAAGCCCGCCGCUAAUAAAAAGAGUAAGAGCAAAAAGAAAGGCCGUAAAUAG